AUGAGCUUAACAUCCUGGUUUUUGGUGAGCAGUGGAGGCACCCGUCAUAGGCUGCCACGAGAAAUGAUUUUUGUUGGAAGAGAUGACUGUGAGCUGAUGUUACAGUCACGAAGUGUGGACAAGCAACAUGCUGUACUUAACUAUGAUGCUACUACAGAUGAACACUUGGUGAAAGAUUUGGGCAGCUUGAAUGGGACAUUUGUGAAUGAUGUGAGGAUUCCAGAACAGACAUACAUCACUCUGAAGUUAGAAGAUAAAUUGAGAUUUGGAUAUGAUACUAAUCUUUUUACUGUUGUCAGGGGAGAGAUGAGAGUCCCUGAAGAAGCACUUAAGCAUGAAAAAUUCACAAGCCAGCUCCAGUUAUCCCAAAAAUCUUCAGAGGCAGAAGGGUCAAAGCAAACUAGCUGCAAAAGCUCAGAGUCCAAGGUAACAGACUCCACAGCUGAACUGCUCCAUAAAACUACAGAAGCACUGAAAUCUGAAGAGAAAUCAAUGGAUCUUUCUGCCAUGCCUCGUGGGACACCUCUGUACGGACAGCCGGCCUGGUGGGGUGAUGAUGAAGCUGAUGAAAAAAGUGGUUGCAAGUCAGAUAGCAAGCAUGAAGAAAAAAUCCAUGAGACGGGGGCUUCUGGAUGCAGCACAGAUGCCAAGCAAGCUGAGGAGCAAUCUGCAGCUGCAAAUGAAGAACUUUAUCCUUUCUGUAGGGAGCCAAGUUAUUUUGAAAUCCCUACAAAAGAAUUCCAGCAACCUUCACAGGUACCAGAGAGCACUAUUCAUGCCAUUCCAACAAAAGACACCCAAAGCUCCCACGCAGCAGGUGCAGGGCAUGCUUCCUUUACCAUUGAAUUUGAUGACAACACUCCAGGAAAAGUCACGAUCAAAGAUCAUGUUACAAAAUUCACAUCGGAACAGCGUCACAAGUCAAAAAAGCCUUCUUCCUCCAGUGGUCAGGACCUGCCUGGGCUCCAAACAGUGAUGAUGGCUGCAGAGAGCAAAGUAGCGGAUUGGCUAGCACAGAACAAUCCUCCUAGAAUGAUAUGGGAGCCAACAGAGGAAGAUUCCAAAAGUAUUAAGAGUGACGUUCCAGUGUACUUGAAGAGACUGAAAGGGAAUAAGCAUGAUGAUGGUACACAAAGUGAUUCAGAAAAUGCUGGUGCCCACCGGCAUUACAGUAAGAGGGCAGCACUCGAGGAACAUUUAAGGCAUCAUCAUACAGAGCUGAAAAAGUCACACCAGAAAGUCCUUUCCACAGAAAAGCAGCAAGAGCAAGCCAGUUUGAAUCAGACUGCCUUCAUGAUUGAGUUUUUUGAUGAAGACCAUCCUCGAAAGAGACGUUCUUACUCUUUUUCACAGAAUGUAGGAGCUCUGUGCCCAGAAUCUCCAUCUCCAACACCUCAUGCCCGAGCUGAAAGAGUGAAACCUACAUCAGGAGAGAAAACAGUCCCUUCAUCUGUGCAAGCGAGUUCAUUGCAUCACAGAGCAGUACAUGGUGUUCAUGCAAAACUUCUAAAACAAAAAUCAGAAGAACCCUCUGCUGCAUUACCUGUCUUGCAAGCUGCGUUGUUAAGGAGUUCGGGAAGCCUUGGCCAUAGGCCUAGUCAGAACCAGGAGCUGGACAAAAAGUUGAAAAGCCAACAUGUUCCUGCUGCUACUGAAAAGGACAAUGAGGAUGACCAGAGCGACAAAGGUACUUACACUAUUGAGUUGGAAAAUCCCAAUUCUGAAGAAAUGGAAGCCCGUAAAAUGAUUGACAAGGUAUUUGGAGUGGAUGACAGCCAGGAUUAUAAUAGGCCUGUUAUCAACGAGAACCAGAAAGAUUUAGUAAAAGAUUGGGCUAUAAAUUCUGCUGCAGUAGUGCUGGAAGAAAAAAGACCACUGAGUACAACUGGAUUUCUUGACACUGAGGGAGGUUCUACUGCCCCUGGAGGUAAACGUUGGGUAUCACAGUGGGCCAGUUUGGCUGCUAAUCACACACGUCAUGACCAAGAUGACCUUAGAUUGGAGUCAUCUGUGCCUGCUCCACUAGAAAAUGACGCAGACAUCAGUGAGUCUGGUAUUUCCAUUAGAAGCACUGGUUCAGCUGCUUCUAUGACCAGCCAAGGUGAGAGAAAGAGGAGGACACUUCCACAACUUCCCAAAGAGGAGAAAGUGAAUGAAAGCUCAAAAACAAAAACCACAUCUCAUCAGAGGUCAGAAAUAGGUGAAAAGCAAGACACUGAACUUCAGGAGAAAGAAACUCCAUCUCUUGCCUUAGAUGCUGACAGCAGAGUUAUAGCUAAGUCAAGCAGAACAAUGAAUGGUUUUUCACCCAAAGUUAAUGGAAAAAAAGUGUUUUCUUUCCCUAGCUCAUCUAGCAAAGAGAAAGUUGAAACUGGCAGAGAAACCUCUGUGGUGAAACAAGCUUUAGCAAAAAUUCAACAACAAGAAAGAAAGGAGCAAGGACACUGGACACCCACGAAAUUAUCUGCUACCAAACCUGCUGCAAAUCAGAUUGAAAAAGGUAGGGAGGAGAUGGCUAUGUCACCCAAAACUUUAGAUAAUCAAGACAAAGCUCCUGGACAUGUUAUGGAUAAAGCAGAAAUUAAGUUUGCACAGAGUGAAGGAAAAAGAAGAAAAAGUGAGGAACCUAUUAAAGGACAAAGUCCUAAAGCAUCUGGAGGAGAAAAAAAGGAAUCUUCAAAAUCAUUAGUGAGGCAAGGUAGCUUUACUAUAGAUAAGCCUAGCACAAAUAUACCUAUAGAACUUAUUCCUCACAUUAAUAAGCAAAGUGGAUCUGCUGCCCCUUUAGCAUCUGCAAACAGGGUACGUGACAGAAGUGAUUCAAUGGACACUGAUUCUAGUCUAGAUACAACACUAAUUUUAAAAGACACAGAAGCUGUAAUGGCUUUCCUUGAAGCUAAACUGCGUGAAGAAAAUAAAACUGAUGAAGGUCCUGAGACUCCUAGCUAUAACAGAGAUAAUUCCAUAUCACCAGAAUCAGAUGUAGAUACAGCCAGCACGAUAAGUCUUGUUACUGGUGACACUGAAAGAAAAUCCACGCAGAAACGGAAGAGCUUCACAACCUUAUAUAAAGAUAGAUGUUCCUCUGGUUCCCCUUCAAAGGAUGUUUUAAAAACUUCUGCAACAAGUGCCAGAGAAAAGAUGGAAAAGAAAACUAAAAGUCGAUCUUCAGAUGGUGGAUCUAGAGCUGAUGCUCGUAAAACUGUGCAAUCCAGUGGAAGAAUGAGACAACCAUCAGUAGAUUUGACAGAUGAUGACCAAACAUCUAGUGUACCUCAUUCUGCCAUUUCUGAUAUCCUAUCAUCUGACCAGGAAACCUACUCUGGAAAAUCACAUGGAAGAGUUCCUUUUGCUUCAGCAGAUGAACUUUUGCAUUCCAAAAUGGAAGGAAAGUCAGCUAAAUCAAAAACCUCUCCUGUUACACUUGGGCAAUCUAGUAAAUCUACUACUCUUCCAAGACCUCGUCCUACAAGGACUUCACUCUUACGCAGAGCACGGCUUGGUGAAGCCUCUGAUAGUGAGCUUGCUGAUGCUGAUAAGGCUUCAGUGGCUUCUGAAGUGUCCACUACAAGUUCUACAUCCAAACCUCCAUCAGGGAGGAGAAAUAUUUCCAGAAUAGACUUACUUGCUCAACCCCGCAGAACUCGACUUGGCUCUUUAUCAGCUCGUAGUGAUUCUGAAGCAACAAUAACCAGAAGCACUGCUUCAUCUCGUACCCCAGAAGCUAUUAUCAGAAGUCAUGCAAGGUUAACAUCAGUGGGAGAUAGUAAAGUUUCUGCUAGAACUCGAGCCAAUAGUAUUUCUCGACUUUCAGAUUCAAAAUCCAAAUCUUUGGCUUCAGCUCAUAAUUCUCCUUCAGUAAAUGCAAGAUGGAGGCGCUUUCCUACAGAUUAUGCUUCCACCUCAGAAGAUGAAUUCGGAUCAAACCGUAAUUCCCCUAAACAUACCCGUCUACGUACUUCUCCAGCCCUGAAAACCACGCGGCUGCAGAGCACUGGGACAGCAGCUCAAAGUAGCAAUACAUUCAAGCACAGAAUAAAGGAGCAGGAAGAAUACAUUCGUGAUUGGACUGCUCACCGAGAAGAAAUAGCAAGGAUCAGUCAAGAUCUGGCUCUCAUCGCACGGGAAAUCAACGAUGUAGCGGGAGAGAUAGAUUCAGUGACUUCAUCAGGCACUGCCCCCAGUACCACAGUAAGCACUGCUGCCACCACCCCUGGCUCUGCCAUAGACACUAGAGAAGAGGUAGGAGAUCUUCAUGGAGAAAUGCAUAAGCUGGUUGACCGAGUAUUUGAUGAAAGUCUCAAUUUUAGAAAAAUCCCUCCACUGGUGCAUUCCAAACCACCAGAGGGGAAUGGUCGGCCUAAUGGUGCUAGACCUCAGCUAACAGAGGCCCUUGAUCCCCCAACAAUUACCCGGAGAAGGACUUGGAGCAGAGAUGAAGUUAUGGGAGACAGUUUGCUGUUGUCCUCAGUCUUCCAGUUUUCUCGCAAGAUAAGACAAUCUAUAGACAAAACAGCUGGCAAAAUCAGAAUAUUAUUUAAGGACAAAGACAGAAAUUGGGAAGAAAUUGAGAACAAGUUGCGAACUGAAAGUGAAGUUCCUAUUGUGAAAACAUCAAGCAUGGAAAUAUCAUCAAUCUUACAGGAACUGAAGCGAGUUGAGAAACAGCUGCAAGCAAUUAAUGCUAUGAUCGACCCCGAUGGUACCCUGGAUGCUCUGAGCAACUUGGGAUUCGCCAGCCCUAUCUUACCAGCUCAGCCGAAGCUGAAGUCCAGUCCUGUUUCCCAAAGUACCCGCCCUCCAGUGCAGCCAAACUGCCAGCCUGAAGCUCAGGCUCUUCGACCUGCUGCUGUCCCUGUCGCAGCUGAAUUUGAGCAUGCUGAGGCCGACUCGGAUUUCAGCAUACAUUUCAAUAGGUUUAACCCAGAUGGGGAAGAAGAAGAUGCCACUCUGCGUGAGUGACAUCUCAGUGUUGAUAAAAAUACCUUUCAUGUGGAAUGUUUAGGAAUAAAGGAAAACUAUAAUACUGGUUUUAUAAUU